CAAAAGCCCAAACCCUCUUAUUCUCCUAUUCCCCCUUCCUCUUCUCGUCGCCCUCUUUCAGCCCACCCACUGUUCCUAUCCCAAACCCUAAACUUCUUCUGAUCAACCACUCUGCUCGCGUCUGCUCCUUGAUCCGUUCGAUCACUUUGAGAUGGAGGAUGGAAAGGUCUCGGACAAACAUUUGUCUUCAGCUGCAGCAUUUGUGGAAGGUGGAAUUCAGGAUGCCUGCGAUGAUUCUUGCAGCAUAUGCCUUGAAGCAUUUUGUGACAGUGAUCCUUCAACGAUUACUGUUUGCAAGCAUGAAUUUCACCUACAGUGUAUCCUUGAAUGGGGCCAGAGAAGCUCACAGUGUCCCAUGUGCUGGCAGCCUCUUAGCUUGAAAGACCCCAACUGCCAGGAAUUGUUUGAUGCAGUAGAACACGAGAGGAAUAUCAGGAUGAAUCCUCCGAGAAACACUACAAUUUUUCAUCAUCCUACUUUAGGGGAUUUUGAGUUGCAGCAUUUACCUGUUAGUGCUACUGAUUCUGAGCUUGAAGAGCGUAUUAUUCAGCACUUAGCUGCUGCUGCUGCUAUGGGAAGGGCACGUAACCUUGCCAGGAGGGAAGGUCAAAGGGGUAGAACAUCUUCCCAAGGUCAUCCCCAUUUUCUGGUGUUUUCAACUAAUCCAAAUACAGCCCCGGCUUCUUCUCCUUCUGCCCAGAGGGUUGGAGGUGAACCCGCUUCUGUAUUCAUUGGUGGUCACCAAACAUCUCCAGGUAUUACAGUUGGAGAGGGUUCGGCCCAAUUGACUGCAUCACCAUCCCCUGCCCAAAAUAAUCAGAUUCCCGCCUCUGGAUCAGGUGGUGGUUGUGUUAGUCAAAUUGGAACUUCUCCAAAUAAUAGGAGAUCUCCCCAUUCUUCUCCUAACAACCAAGAUAGAGUUGGACCAUCCGAUUUUCAGUCUUUCUCGGAAUCUAUAAAAUCUCGAGUUAGUGCCUUUUCAAUGAGAUAUAAAGAAUCUAUCACAAAGAGUACAAGAGGAUGGAAGGAAAAGUUUUUCCCUCGGAAUAAUUCAACAGUGAGUCAUGGCUCUGAAAGUAGGAAUGAGGCGGCUGGAGAUAUUGCCACUGUGUCACGCAUGAUGGAUCAUCUUGAAACUAGAGAGACUAGUAGGACUAUGCCUUCUCCUAUAUCAAAUAGAAUGGACGAGAAUAUAACAGCAGAUCACGCGGAACAACAUAUCUCAGCAAUUGAUGGCAAUCACUCAUUGCCUGAUGGUAGUAGGCAAACACCAUGCACUACAGGCUCUUCUUCAGACUGAUUUUUUAUUGUGACGGUGCAUGUUGCAGUCUCUUCUCUAAAAGGAAUGAUGUUUUGCCUGUUUAUACCUGAAUGUUGGCAAUGUGAUAGCCUGCUGCAAUAAGAAAAUACGGCUGCUUCAUAUGUGGCUUGGAACCAGUAUAUAUAUAUAUAUAUAGCAAUAUAGUUGAUGUAAAUGCUUUAUGACUAUCUCACUCUCCUUCAUGUGGAUCAAACUCUAAAUUCGUCUUUUCUUGUGACAAAAUUCAUUUGAACGUGAAUGAAUGUUCAUCUUUUAACGAGUUAAAAGCUCAAA